GCGGGGCCAGAGCAGCCGUACUCGGAAGAGAAAGUCGAGGCGGCCCUUGCGCUGCUCAAGCCAGGCAAGCGAACCGUGCGCAUGUGCAACGUGGCGGUGCGUGCCAAGGCUUCCUCACGCGUGGAAUCCGUGGUGCUCUACGCUGCCCAGCUUUUAGCGGGCACGCCAGGGGCGGAGGCCGCCCUCAAGAAGCUCCAAGUGAACUGGGGUCGGCGUCUGUUGGGCUGUCCAAGAGGCCCUCCCAUCAAGCAUGCUGUUGUAGUCGCGCAGUGCUGGUGGCCAAUGCGGCUCGGCACGUGGUUUUUGGAGAGGGUGAUCAUGGCGAGGGCGCGCCUGCAGGCGCUGCCCUGCGAUCACCCAGCGGCCGUAGACCGUCGCGCGGCGAAGGAUAUGGGCACCCCGACAUGGGAGACCGCGGCGCUUCGGCUUCUGGGCCGCCUGCCCUCCCCGCCUGCUAACCUGCUAUGCCACGCCAUGUUUCCGCCUGAGAGAAUCGAGGCUGCGCGGAGGGAUCGCGCUGCCCGGAAGGAGGUGCUGAGGGAGUACCGGCUAG